UCUCUUCUCUGUCCCUCUCCAGAAAAUAAACAAACUGAUGGUAACUAAGAAAGCACUACAAUGAUACACGACUUAUUAUUAUCCUGCUUAACCCAAACUAAAAAAGGUUUGGGUAUACAGACUUUUAUGGAUAACAAUGCAAUUGACCACUUUAUCCAUCCUUGCGAAAGAGAACUAUUUCUAGAAAUUUUAAACAUUAUUAAAGUUCUUCACGAAGUCGUUCAGUUCACACUUUUAUUGAGAUUAAAUGAAGAUGAACGAUGUAAAAAAUUAAUAAUGAAUGAAAAUCAAAGCGUUAAAGACCUCCCACAUGGUUUUUACUUAAUCAAUUUUGCCAAAGGCAUCGACGCAGCGCUUGACGAAUAUUAUGAUGAAAUCAUACAGCUUGAAACAAUUUGCUCAAAGAAUAAGCCUAAUUCGCUUGCAUUUUUUCAUGAUGCUUUGCACGCUAAACUUCCAAUUUUACUUUUUUUGCGAAAACUUAUUUGCGAAAUACGACUGCAAAAACUACAUGGAUGCAUAAUGCUCCAUAGUCUGCAUCAACAUUCCGAGCAUGGAGAUUAUCAACUAGAAAGAAUUACCAAAAUAGUCAUAAAGCCAGUCAAAUUUGAGUUUUUCUCAAGUCUGGCUCACUGGCUAAUUUUUGGGGUAAUCGAUGAUGUCCAUUCAGAGUUUUUUAUUAAAUUCUCUUCACUCGAUGCUUCGUCCCUGAAUAGCUCUUUAUCCAAAUCAUCAGUUAAUAAUACCCGACUGAAUGCAAUUGGAAACUUUGAGGACUACAUAUGGCAAUAUGAAAUCAAUAUGUGUCAAAUGCCAGGAUUUUUGUCUACUAUCGUGGCUGAGAAAGUUCUAUUCGUAGGACAAACCGUUCUUGUUUUCAAAAUGGGACGUAGAUUUCAAAGAAACAAUAUGAACAACCACUGGGCAAAUAAACUUUCUGAUAGUUCGCGCGAUGAUAUUUACGAGCUGUGGAAUGGCAAAGAAUCUGUAUUCCUUGGAAUGGUAGAGGAUCUGAACAAUGAUGAACAAAUUGAUGUUUUUCAUAUCGAAAGCGUCAUAAACAACAUAAAGAAAUACGUUAGCAUGCGUUUGUCUGAGAUAGCCCUAAACGAGGUUGAUUUAGAACGCCAAAUGGGAUUAAUAAAGGACUUCUAUUUGUUAGGGCGCGGAGAGUUUUACUUAGAGUUUUUAUCUCAACUUACCCGCGCUUCAGAUGUCUAUUGUGAUUCCAGCUCAAAAAAUUACACGAGAUCAUUUGAGCUUGCUGCAACUGUCAUGGGCAUUACGGAUGAUUUGGAGAAUUUCUCACUAACUGUUCAAAAAACUAUCGAGGAGUCGGACGAAAACUGCGAAUUUCGAAUCUUGGAAAAUCUUCAUUUGAAAUAUAUAUAUGAAUGGCCAUUGAAUCUUUUGUUUUCGCCGAAGGCAAUCGAGCGAUAUAACCAGAUAUUUCGAUUUUUAUUGAUAAUAAGAAAACUUCAGUACGACCUGCAACAAGUUUGGACAAUACAGACAUUGGCAGCAAAAUCGAAGUCUGGACCCAUAAACAUGAGAAUGAUGAAUCUCCUCAAUCAACUCAUGUUCUUUUUAAAUAAUAUGCAGUAUUACAUUCAAGUGGAUGUUCUUGAAAGUCAGUUCAGUAUUCUGAUAAAUGCCAUUAGGAACAAAGUCGAUUUUGAAGAAAUACAAAGGAAACAUACAGUAUUUCUAGCGAAUGUCCUUUCCCAGUGUUUCCUGCUUUCUGGCUCAAAUGAUUCACUAAUGAAUUCUACACGAACAACAUACCAACCCCAAAACCCCAUUUAUGGCAAUAUUCUUGAACUUUUUUAUAUAUGUGAAAAAUGUAGCUGUAUCAGCGGGAAGCCAAACACAUCAGAGGGAUUUCUAAAGGAGCUCGAUAAUCUAGAGGAAAGGUUUGGCGUCCAAAUUGCGAGUCUUAUUCAAUUACUGCUGAACAUUAAAACAGCAUCUUGUUUGGGUCCGCUUUCUCAGCUUUUAUUGCGAUUGGAUUUUAAUCAUUGGUUUAGUUCCACCCAUAACAUUUAAUAAGCUAAACAUUGAAAUAUGUACUAUAUAUAAGAGUCUAAAGUUGUAAACGUUUUAUAUCUUCUAUACGAAAAUCGAUUCUGAAAAAAUAUAAAAAUUGUUUAUUUUAUAUGC